AUGGACUCCAAGUUAUUGGAGAUCCUGGACGAGUGGGAGGAGGGAAUGUUUAUGUUCCCGGAGCUGCUCGAGGAGGCGUACACGACCUUUCUUGGGCAGCUCGUUGGAGCCACAGCAGCAGAGCGGAGCGACCCUCGCGUCAUUCCGUUCCUGCUUGCGGGGUACACAGCGUACACAAAGCAGCACAAGGGUAAAGAUCCUCAAGCGGCCCUCACCUACCGCAUGGCCCUGGCCAUGGAUGUAAAAUUCCGUGAGGAGGUCAUUCAAAUUAAAGGGCUAGCUACUGCGUCACUUCCUUCAGAGCAGUUAAUGGCUGACAUGUUAAAUACCAUAUUAGAGCGGCAGCGUGUGGCCUCAAAGGCAAAAGACGAUGACCGCGUCAUUCUGGAAAUACAACCUUCAGAGAACACAGAAAAUCCUCUCUGGUUCUCGAUGAGACGCACUGACCAGCUGUCCGGUCAGGUCAUCAUGGACAAUUUUGGUUUUGAGGAGCUCAAAAAGGGCCACUUCCCCUUCCUUGCAGGGCCUGACUUCUACAACUAUGAGGGCCCCCUUCUCGACCGUGAGCUGUACUGUGCCUCUGGGAUGAAAAGUAAAGCCGCAGCGGAGUUUAAUCGCUGGUAUGAUGAACAGGUCUCCAACAACUACCUGUUUAACUAUAAAAAGGACCCCGCAGCUACUGUAUCAGUGACCAGCGCCUGUAUGGCUGCUUUUCGAAGGAACUUUUUGAAAAAAGACACUAUAGGCAUUGCUCCCUCAUCGGGGUAUCAUGGAAUGGGAAAACAGAGUGAGAUCGCUUUAAAAUGGCUUGAUUUUGAAUCACACAAAAUAGGAAAGGUCAUUAAAACAAUCUACACAGACCGCGAAGUUUCAGUCAUGGGGAGACGGGUAGAUGGUUAUGUUGAGGUCCCUAAGAGGAACGGGAGUGUAGAGAAACGCAUCUACCAAUUCCAUGGGUGCUACUGGCAUCAGUGCCCCAUUCACUUUCCACCUAGUCCAGAAUGUGGAGAGAAUCGACUUGAACAGACCAGAAGGCUAACUGAAAUCUUUCAGUUGGCAGGGUACAAAGUAAUUGAAAAAUGGGAAUGCCAGUUCAAAGCAGAUCUUAAAAAUAAUCCUGACACUCAAGCAUACUUCAAUGCGCACCCCACCACCAGAGUACCUCCACUGAACCUACGUGACACACUCGCGGGUGGGCGCACAAGUGCUUUGAGAUGGUACUACAAAGCAGACACCGAAAACGGUGAGAAAAUAAAAUUGGUCGACGUCGUCUCUGAGUACCCCGGCUGCAAUUUGAGAGGAAAGUACCCAAUCUCACAUCCUCGUAUUUUCCGUGAAGGGGACCCUGAAAUGCCUACAGUUGACCAGUGGAACGGGUUAGUAAAAUGCACUGUCUUGCCACCGCGAGACUUGUUCUUACCUGUCUUAUGGGUUAAAGCACAUGGCAAACUAUUGUUCCCGUUGUGUCGCACCUGUGUGGAGACACAGAACAUGGAGGUCUGCCGCCAUGACGACCCUAACUUGCGCCAACUGACGGGGAGCUGGUGUUCUCCAGAACUUCAACUUGCCAUCCUUGAAAAGGGGUAUGAGCUCAAGGCUGUUCAUGAGGUGUUGCAAUACCCUGCAUCGAUGCAGUUUGACCCUGAAACAGGUACAGACGGGCUCCUCUCUGCGUACGUGCGAUGUUUCAUGGCGCUGAAAAUAGAAGCCAGUGGUUGGCCGCCUCAUUGUGAGUCAGACGAGCAAAAAAAGGAGUUUGUCGCAGAUGUGUUGAAACGUGAUGGCAUUGUCAUCAACCCUGACAAUAUGAUCUAUAGGCCAGCUCUACGAGUUUUAAACCCCACAAAAGAGGUCAGGGCCCUUGUUCCACUGGGAGAUGACUGUUUGCAGGUAAAUUGGAUGCCUGUAGAGGAUAGUGAGGAGUCUCUCCCCACCUCUUCUCUCGUACAUGCUGCAUUCACCACCUGUUUAGGACGGAUGCAACUUUACAAAUACCUUGAUCUCGUGGGAAAGAGAGCACUUUACCACGAUACGGACAGCGUAUGUUAUAUAAGCCGUCCUGGUGAACUUGAUCUGCCACUUGGGACACAUUUAGGUGACUUAACUGACCAAGUAGAGGAGGAGUUGGGUCCUGGGUCAUUCAUUACAGAAAUAGUCUGCGGGGGACCUAAAAACUAUGCUUUUAAAGCAGCCAAGGGUGGUGAUACAAACAACAUUCAUGUCACUAUUAAG